AUGACGGCAUCAGGAAAUAAUCACUUGUCAGAGACUUUACUGUACAUGUCAAUGAUACAAAAAGUCACACGAACGUGGGUUGCCGCCGCAUAUCCAGAUUCAACUACAUUCAGGUCUAAAGCAAAAUGGACCGUUUGGUGGACGUCCAAUCGUUCCAAGUUAUUGGGAACCUUCAGAAACAUAAGGGGGAAUGCAGUAGACCGGAUAAAAAAAGCACUACUUCAUGUGUUUAAAUCAAAACUUCCUCCUCUCCUCGACAAAGCUUCCCUUUCGGAUAUAGCUGCUUGGAAGCAGAGUGAUAGAGUUCAGUGGUGUCUCCGUCAUCUCAAUGAACAGUCAAGCAACGAAGAAGGAGAGGACACCUAUCUGAACAAUAUCAUCAUACAUGCAUUUGGCAAAGAGCCAAGGGGAGGGCUGGAGGGAACUAAUAUAGAGUUUACUUAUGCAGUGU